GGUCGAUAACUGAAAUCGAUAAACCCCAGUAAUGCGACUGAAUGGCAUCCAGUGUGCAUUAAUUAUAACUUUUAAAAAGUACUUCAAAAUGGAUUUAAGUGUUUAAGCACAUAUGUUAAAGGCGAUUGUCUAAAAAUGACCAGCACAUUUCUACAAUUGCUUAUCAUUCUGAGCUUUAUAGCUUUGAGAUCAGAUGCUGGCUCUUGUUACGAAUAUCAACAGGGAUCUCGGGAGACAUGUUCCGGUUGGUGGUGGGGAUGGGGCUGUGAAACAAAAUAUUUCACAGUCGCAGUUUGCUGCCCUAAUUACAGUGGAGGCUCGUGCUCAGAUCCAAAAUGCCGGAUGGGAUAUGGUGCACAUACUUGCAAUGUCAAUUACGAGGGAUAUGUUAAAUACAAAAAUGGUGAUGUGGUUAGACACAGUGGCGGGAUAUGCUAUGCACCAUUCAAAUGCAGCAGUUGCAACAAAGGAUAUUAUCCUGUUACUUCCAGCAAUGGCUAUUGCAAAGCGUGUUAUAAGCCUACAAAAUGCAAUCUACCAGUAUGUACAUCAAGGUAUAAUUAUUGGUGUGAGUAUUGUGAAGAGGAAUAUAUAAGGGAUAAACCUGGCUAUAACGUUUAUUCUGGGAAACCAGAUAACAAAAGAUGUCAAAAAUAUGAAAAGGAGGUGAAAGUUACUAACAUAGCGGUGCUAGAAAACUGUGCCUCGUAUGUGUUUUAUUCACACUCUAACUUCAUACGCAAAGACGGAAAUUAA